AUGUCCGAGACGGCCGCCAUGCCGUCGUCGCGCUCCAGCAGAACACACAGCUUCAGCAGCGAGCGCUCUCCUUCCCUGUGCAGCUCCGUCACCUUCCAGAUGCCCACCACCGUCAGACCUCCGCCCGCCUACAUUGCUGCAUCCGUAGCUUCGCAAACCGUUACCGACCACCAGAAUGCCCAGCUACGCGACGAAGAUGCAGACAACGACGAGCUGCAAAACGCCAUCUUCUCCGAGCAGGCAUUGGCCCUCCUCAAUGGCUUUCUCGACCAUCUUCUCUUCGCCUUUCUCUCUUCUGCCAAAGCACCGUCUCUGACAGCCAUCCGACCAGCUAUACUCGAUGUCCUCAAGCCGCGCCUUGCCCGCGAGGCCAUGGAAUACGCCGACGAGGAGCUACAGGGCUUGCUGGCUGCCGAGGAUGAUGAUGAGUCGCCUACACAAAACGACAAGGUCAAUGGCGCAUGGGAUGUAGAAAAGGUGUGGAAGCGCACUCGCCUGCGCAUCAUGGUCUACACACGCUUGGGUGAAUUGGAGGAUGAAGACGAGGAAAGGUAUGUCCAGCAAGAGCGCGGGCUCAGCAUGGACGAGGACGAGGAUGAUGAAGCUGGCCUGGUGUCAUGGGCAGCUGCCAUCUUCCUGACCUCGGUCAUGGAGUUCAUCGCUGAACAGCUGCUCCUUGUCUCUGGAUCCGCAGCUUUUGCGCGCAUGGAGUCGCGGAUACAGAAGCUGUCUCAGCAAAUGGAGCAACACGAAGAACAGCCUAUAAUCGAACGCCUGACCAUAGAGGAGCCUGAUGUAGAGAAGAUUGCACUCAAUUCUGCUUUGGGAAGGCUUUGGAGGACGUGGAAGAAACGUGUGCGAUCUCCUAUUAUGCCCCUUACUCCCAUACGACGAAUGCGCUCCACCUCAAGCUACACGAGCUUGCCCAUGCGAAAGCCAAGCCGUGACACAAUCAACACGGUGCAUAGCGGUCACGAGCACCUGCCCGAGCACCAACCUACUGAGACGGAAAUUGCAGCCAACAUACCUCUUCCAAUUGGCAGCAAUGACAUCAAUGAAAUUGAAGUGCCUGGAUUGGCACCCACAUAUGAGGACGAGGACGAAAAUACAGGCAAUGCACCAUACUCACAAGGACGGCGACCUUCGAGUGCUAUGAUUUCCUCUUCAGUCAUUCCGACCAAGAAGAGUAGGAAAGCGCGUCCUGUUUCUCUGCCCCUUUCGCAGUUACCAGCAUUCGUUGUUCCUACAGAGCCUGUUGAUGAAGAUGAGCAAUCCAUUCAUACUUCAAUUGAAAGCGAGCCAGCCGAUGAUGGAAUUCACGACGACUCGUCUAAGCACCAACACUCGGUGCCAUCUCCAAGAGACGAAUCGCACGAGGAUGACGCCUCGAUGGUGGCAUUUACAGCAGCUACUGGCCUGGGCUUUAGAAUGAGUACUCCCGAACCCGCUGACGUCCAGGGCAAGAACCCAGACGGCCUUGACGUGAUCAACGAUAUUAGCCCCAAGAGCGUGGGAAAGGUCAUGAGCUCCAAGAGAAUGUCCAUAGAACGGCCAGGGCCUCCGGGUUUGGUGCGCACUUUUUCAGCUCGUAGUUCUACCCGCACUUCGAGUAUCAAGUCUCCUCUACACACGCCUGCAUUGACGCCAAAAGCAACCACUCAUGCAGAAGGAAAAUCAUACCUAGACGACGAUUUAUCCGAAGAGGAGCCCGAAAAGCCCCAGGCAAUCGGUGUUGCCCGCACCGCCGAUAAUGCUAUCCGAUCAACAUCUACUACUCCAGACGAGAUGGCUCGUGAACCCAGCAGACCACCUGCUAGGGGAGCUUAUGUAGAAGUCCAGCCUCGCACUUCUACUCCGACUUCGCUGCAGAGUCACAACAAUUCUUCGCCGGAUGACAAGUAUGCGGGAGGAGAGCGUCUAAUCAUUCGAAAAGACAUUGGAAGAAAGUCACACAGCAAUGGAGAUGUCACAUCCAGCCCCAUUCAACACGAGAGUCCCACCAGUGCCCCACGGAGACAGGAUGGCCUUCGUUCCCCAUCCCUCGCCUCGUCGUUGCCUGCUUUGCAUGAGGUGGAGAGUAAUCCAACGCAGCCCGUGGAGAAGGCCGGCUCUCUAGGUAUGCGCAAAUCCAGCUCUCCCACUUACGAAGAAUCAAAACGCGACUCCACCUCAACAAAUCAUGACCCUCCCAUGCAAGUACCAGAUCGAAGACUGCAACGCAUAUCGACCGGAGAAUCUGUCCGCUCCCAGAGUGCACCUUCUGAAAAGUCACCCUCAGAUAAUAUGUCAUUGAAGCGAGGCACUUCGACAUCUUCUUCUCUGAAGAAGCAGGUUGUCUACCCUGUGACUUCUAGCGGACGGGAUUCCGUUUCUAGCUACCGUUCGCGAGGCUUGAGCGGACGCAUGUCAGAAGAAGAUCGGACGCGUGAGUUUGACUCUUUGAUUAAAGGACAGGAGACGGUCAAGUUCACAUUGACGCCACAAAACAUGCGAGACCUUGAUGAAACUCCACCGCAUCAGCCUGUGCAGCAUCGCUCAUCAUCUUCAUCUUCCGCAAAGCCAUAUCCUCGCGUCCAUGCUGACGACAAGUCUUACGGCACUGCAAACUUGCCCAACACGACUGCACCUAGGGCAAAGUCGUCCAAUGGGACCCACCACAGGCCAUCGCCUAGCCGCAGCGUAGUUACCAGACCGCUUGCAAGAGACCCAAAGAUCGAGUCAGAAUCAAUGCGCGACUUUGCCGACUUCAUCCGGUCAACUGGCCCUUCGCCUGGCCAGGAGAAGCCUGUGCAACCUUUUGUUAGCAUGAACGGACAGAAUCCAAGUUCGAAGCCUAGCAACAUCUCAUCGUCUUCACUCGGCCGGAAGCUAUCUACCAGACGAUCAUCUUCUGUAAACGGGACUUCUGCAAGAGCACGUGCCAACAUGGAGCCACGCAGUCCGGCAGGCCUAAGCACGGGCAAUGGCGACUUGAUUGACUUUAUCAGGCAAGGACCCCCGGAUGCGAACAAUGGGCAACCUAGAAUCCCUCGGAGUGUUGCCCCCUUCCGCAGCACCGUGGAUUCUGAUCAGUUUGACAGCAUGCUGGAAGGCCACGGCAAUGUUGAAUCAGCGUACGGCUCUGCAGCAUCAACGUUAGAAUCGAAGAACAGUGCCCAGACCAUCAAUUCUCGAACUGGUCUCAUUGCAUCCCCUGGUGUUGUGCAGCCGGCCUAUUCCAAUACGCCAAAGCAGCUGAGCGGAAGCAUGUCAGCCUCUAAUGAUGAGCCUCAAGUCACGCGAACGAGGCGGCGCAUCAAGGACCCAUAUGCGAUUGACUUUUCUGAUGAGGAGGAUGAUGAGGAUGAAGACGAAGAUCAGCUCACUGCACUUCCGCCUAGCGGAACGCAAACACCCAGACAGGCUCCGGCACAGCCACCGCGACAAGCUGCACCAAGACAGGAGAGUCUGAUGGAUUUCCUCAAUGCCAUGGAACCCCCAUCGGUCAGCAAACCUCAGCCUUUUAUGUUGAGUGAGGAGACUAUUGCUGCUGCACGCGCGCGUGCAAAUUCGUCGAAAUCGCAGCCAUACAAUGGCAAUGGUGGCGCGCAUCCUGGCUCUUUGACCUCAACAUCAAUCACUUCCGAUGCCGCACGUUCAUACAAACCUCGCCUCCAAGCAAGGGCACCCGCAUCUGGUGACGCCCGAGGUGGAGGUGCACGCACAGGCACGAGCGACCUAGCCGAUUUCCUCAUGAACUCUGGGCCGCCAGAGCCGCCAGUCACUCGUGCUGCGCCAGUCAAGGAAGAGAAGAAGAGCAGGAAGUUCUGGCGCAGCAAAAAGACAUAUGGUGAUUUGCCAUAA